AUGGCGAGGAGACAACAUCUCUCGCUAAUGCUCGUAGUGGCCGUCGUGGCCUUCUUGAGUAUCUCGUACCUUUUCUCCGGUGGUAGCAGCGAUGCUGCAUCUCCCGCCCCCCUGAAGGGCAACUCUGCACCUUCGACCGGCGAUAUUCCCAACCUCGGACACAUUUCAGACAGCAUUCUCUCCGGCGAGUCCAUUGCCCCCAAGCUGGAAAAUGCGACAGCGAAGGCCGAACUUGGUCGCGCAUCGUGGAAGCUCUUCCACACGAUGAUGGCGCGUUUCCCCGAGAAGCCGACCCCCGACGACAGCCUUGCCCUCAAGACGUACAUCCAGCUUUUCGCGCGCCUGUACCCCUGUGGCGACUGCGCCGCGCACUUCCGCAAGCUCCUCGCAAAGUACCCUCCCCAGACCAGCAGCCGUAUUGCCGCCGCCGGCUGGGCCUGUUUCGUCCAUAACGAGGUCAACACGCGCCUGAAGAAGGAGCAGUUUGACUGCAGCAAGAUUGGCGACUUUUACGACUGCGGCUGCGGAGACGACGACAAGAAGAAGGCCGAGGGUGAGAAGAAGCCCAGCCUGGAGUUGGAGAAGGACGGGUAA